UUCUGAUUACGAAAUUUGUUACAAAACUUGAAGAUCACUCGGCCUGACUCGCCACUCGGCGCUUUUGUUGCUUGUUAGUUUAUGCAAAAUGUCUCGUUGUGUUUUAGCAAGAUGUUACCAUUGUUUUAGUAAAUCAAUUCUACCGAAGAAUGAAUUGGUUGCAGACAGGCUAGCAAAAGUGAGGCAUUUUUCCAAUCUAUCAACAAGUGAGAAGGCCACAAUUCUGUCUGUUACAACACAUAGAAAUGCAGGAGCUCAAGUUAAAGCACCAAUCACAAUAAUGCAGCAAAGAGGAAUGUCUAGUAAAACAGGAGAGACACAUGAGGAGAGAACUGCUCCAUCACUUCUGGGAAGAAUGAUGCUCAGUUUAAAGUCAGUGUUUUCUUCACAAGAAAUGGAGACCAUGUUACCAAUACAGAAUUUACAAGUAGGAGGGACUGUUUUGGUCUUGUCAAUAUCUGACAAUGUUUCGUAUGAAGAGAUCUUUGAAAUGGCCAGAUUAGAUGACAGCUUCUAUUCUUUCUAUAAAGUGCUAGAACUUCACUUAUGGAUGAUGCUUCAGCGUUUGCAGAGAGACGGUAAUGAUGGUAUAGUGGCGGGGAUGGCUCUAGUGAGUGCCAUGUGGUCAGACUUGGAACCACGCAUUAAAAUGGCUGGGGCCCAGAUGAAACAGAAGAAAGACAGCCUUCUUUACUUUAAUGAUCACUUCCAGUCUGCCAUGAUUAGGUAUGAUGAGGCACUGUUAGUUGGAACAGAUAUUGCCCUUGCUCAUGCUUUGUGGUUGAAUAUUUAUGAUGCUAAAGACUGUGAUCCUAGGUGUUUGGAGUUCAUGGUGGAAUACACCAGGAAACAGAUGCACUACCUCCAAUCUAUUGACAGUAAAGUACUUCUCUGUGGAGGACAGUUUUCAUUUUUACCUUUAGAAGUGGACGAGGAAACCAGGAAAAAGACAGAGGAAAGACAGUACAAGAUACCCAGACACACAAGGAAGAUUGAUUUUUAGAAUUCCCUGAGAUUUUUUCAGACUGUAAGAAGAUAAGUAUUACAGAAACUGCCACAUGUAGAAACUUGUCGAAAAUUGAGUCAUUGUAAAUUAUAGAGAUAAUAAUGAAAAUGAAUGAUGAAUGUCUUGUUGUUGAAUGAUAGAUAUUGAGUUAUUAUGUCGGAGAUUUGAAUUUUUUUUUUUGUAAAAUAGAGUUAUAAUGAUCCUGAAAAACAAAGACUUGAUCACUUUCUUACACAAAAAUUACAUGUAUUUGGCUAGUGUGUAAUGAUGCCCCAUAAAAUAAAUGAUAUAGAUCAAGAGUCUGUGUGAAUGGACAUUGUUUUUAUCUUUGUGGAGAGAGAGACCUAUUAACAUUGUAAGGAAGGCUUUGUUACUGUGUUAUAAUUGAUACUGUGUGAUAGACCCCUAGCACAUGUAGCUUUUCAUAGAGACAAAGUAAUUUUUUAUAACCCUGAAAUGUUAUGUACUUCACAGGAAUGCUAGGUUUGAUUUUAUUGAAAUGGAAACCAAUUUAAUUUAUGUAUUUCUUGAGUUACAGAUAUUACUUAAAAUGUUCAAAAUACAGCAACAAUUAUAUCUGUGCAAACUACAACUACAACUGGGAUUUAAAAAAAAUAAAUUUUUGUGUGUUUUAAUCAGAGACAAACUACAGAUAAAAACUACAUGUAAUUCUGUUUUUAAAAUAUUAACAGAAAGAACACUGACUGAAUGCUCAAAUAAGAUAAUAGAACAUUUUCAGGGACUGUAGUGUUUGUGAUGAAAACAGAGCAAGAUAAGAUUGCCUGUGAUAAACGCUGAGUAAAUGUGUAAUAAUGACAUUGUGUGACCUGAAGUAGGUGUAUGUAAGUGAUAUUUUGACUGCUGUGUAGUGACUGAGCUGGGCAUCAGCAUCUGGAGUCUUUGACCUUAAAAUGCCUUACAGCAAUGCUGCCAGAUUACUUUGACAGAUAUAUUUACAGGUGCAUGCAAAUUUAUUGUGAAUACGUAGCUGUACAAAGAUUGGAUCUGAAGGAAUUUUGUCAGCAUUUGUUGUUUUUUUUUUUUUCAAUAAAUUAUUGUUUUCUUAUUCAAA